AUGGACUGUGCUACUGACAAGCUAUCCGAGUUUCAAAAAUUAGGUGCAGAGGCUUUGAUCAUCUUUGAAAUCUGGAUUUUUACCGCUUCUUGUCUUCAUCAGGGGUGUACAUCAUUGCCAAAUGACAACCUGCCAUGUGAUGUGAACAAGGAAGGAGUUAUUCUCGUAAUAUUUGUCAACGGAAGAAUAAAGCAUGAAAAAGAGCCAAGAGAUUUGGACAUAGAAGCUUUUAUUGGCGAUUUGCUUGAUGAACUGAAAAAAGAUCCUGGAUUAGAUGUUCUCGAGUACACAGUGAUUAGAGCUUUCGGUCCUGAGAAACAUGACCAAGAAAUAACAAACAUCGAAAAAGGAAGUCUUCUUGUUUCAUUGCACUGCUUUACAGAUGAACGGUUUCUUGAGGUUUUGGAUGAUUUUGAAUCCAAAAGGCUUCAGGAAAGUUUUCUGAGGGAACUUUCGCUGAUUGGAAUUGAAAUGGAGGGAAUAGAGUUGAAGAUACUAAACAUGGAGGAGGUAAAUAAAAAAAGGAAUGCUGCUAAAACGAAGAUCGCAAUUAAAGAAGGAAGUCUUGAAGAAACAGAGGAAAGUAAAUCAAAAGGUGUGAUGGAACCCAAGGAGCUAAAUAUUGGGAAGUUAGAAGACAUCAGAAUGACGAAUCAUCUUGAAAUAGCUACAUGCACCGCACGUUCAGGAGAUAACAACUUGAAAUCAGGUAAGUAUAAAGAGGCAAUUGAGUGUUACGAAACAGCCAUUGAAAGUUUAACUAAAAUUGAAGAUUUAGAACUUGCUAUUUUCGAGUCCGCUCUACACACAAGUAAAGGCGAGGCUUAUAUUGGAUUGAAAGAAUAUCAAAAUGCUAUUGCCUGCUUCAAAAAGGGUUUUUCACUUAGUGACGAUAGGUUUCCAGUAGCAAUCAGCAAUGAAGGUUUAGGCCGUGUUUAUUUUGAAUUAGGCCAAUAUGAAGAGGCCAUUAACAGUUAUAAAAUAGCUCUAGAUGCAAGUACUGCCAUUGGGGACAAAGCAAGGAUUGCAAAUAUUCGCGCGCUUGUUGACGCUUGUUAUGAAGCUUCAGGCGAAGAAAGAAGGGCUAUUGAAUACUUAAAAAAAGGCUUGGAGGGAGGUACUGCUUCUGAUGAUCGCAGAAAAAUUGCCGUAAGCCACAGAAACUUAUGCGACUGCAAUUUGAGCUUAGAGCGAAUAGCAGAGGUUAAUCGUGGUUUAGGAAGUCGACGUUAUUGUCAACUAGAAAGAAAUGAAGAGGCAGUUCAAUGUUUCGAACAAAUGUUAAGACUUAUGACCGUUAUUGGAGACAAGAAAGGUAUAGCUGAUGCUAAGAUGAGUUUGGGGAGGUUUUCAAAUCCCGCUUUAGAGGCGCAAAACAGUAUCGAUGUGGGAAACGCUUACGUGAAUUUAGGUCAUUAUGACCAGGCUAUCGACUGUUUCAGAAACUCGUUACAGAUAGCAACGGCAAUCGGCAACCAAUAUGGUAUAGCUCGUGCUAAUAUGUAUUUGGGAGAUGUUUACAAAAGAUUAAAAGACUAUGAAAAAGCUAUUAGCUAUUUGAUAGAAAGCUUAAAAAUUAGCACGACCAUUGGCAAUACGUAUUUAAUGGCAGAAAGCAAUCGCCAGUUAGGUAAUAUUUAUUAUUCUUUAGGAAAGGGGGAAAUCGCAAUUAGCCAUUGGAAAAAAGCAUUAGAAUUAGGAACAGCAAUUGACAAUCAAGGAAUAAUAGCAAAGGUCAAUCACAGUUUAAGCUACACUUACGUUCAGCUAGGAAGAAACGACGAGGCACUUUUAUGUCUCGAAGAAGCGUUAAGACUUAUGACCGCUAUUGACGACCAGAAAGGGAUAGCUGGUGUUAAUAUGAGUUUGGGCAGAUUUUAUCAAAGAACGAAAGACUAUAAAAAGGCAAUUAGCUUUUGGAAAGUCAGCUUAGAAAUUAGCACGGCUAUUAGUGAUCAGCCAUCAAUGGCAGAACAGAAUAGAAAUCUAGGUGAUCUUUAUCGUUGUAUAGAAAAGUGGGAAAGCGCAAUUGACCAUUAUAAGAAAACAUUAGAAUUGGGAAAACCAAUGGGCGAUCAAGAAAAAAUAGCAGAUGUCAAUUGUAACUUAGGCAAUUGUUACAGUAAACUAGAAAGCAAUGAAGAGGCAGUUCAAUGUUUUGAAGAAAUGUUAAGACUUAUGACCGCUAUUGGCGACCAGAAAGGUAUAGCUCAUGCUAAUAUGUAUUUAGGAGAUGUUUACGAAAGAUUAAAAGAUUAUGAAAAAGCUAUUAGCUGUUUGAAAGAAAGCUUAGAAAUUACCACGACCAUUGGCGAUACGUAUUUAAUGGCAGAAAGCAAUCGCCAGUUAGCGAAUAAUUAUUAUUCUUUAGGAAAGUGGGAAAUCGCAAUUUACCAUUGGAAAAAAACAUUAGAAUUAGGAACAGCAAUUGGCAAUCAAGGAAUAAUAGCAAAGGUCAAUCACAGUUUAAGCUACUCUUACGUUCAGCUAGGAAGAAACGACGAGGCACUUUCAUGUCUCGAAGAAGCGUUAAGACUUAUGAACGCAAUUGACGACCAGAAAGGAAUAGCUGAUGCUAAUAUGAGUUUGGGGAGAUUUUAUCAAAGAAGGAAAGACUAUGAAAAGGCAAUUAGCUAUUUGAAAGUCAGCUUAGAAAUUAGCACGGCCAUUAGUGAUCAGUCAUCAAUGGCAGAACAGAAUAGAAAUCUAGGUGAUCUUUAUCGUUGUAAGAAAAAGUGGGAAAGCGCUAUCGACCAUUAUAAGAAAACAUUAGAAAUAGGAAAAGCAAUGGGCGAUCAAGGGGAAACAGCAAAUGUCAAAUGUAAUUUAGGCAUUUGUUACAUUAAACUAAAAAGAAAUGAAGAAGCACUUCAAUGUUUCAAAGAAACGUUAAGAAUUUUCACAGCCAUUGGCCACCAGGAAGGAAUAGCUGAGAAUAAUGCUAUUGAUGACCAAAAUGGAAUUAAAUAUGUCAGUAACGAAUUGGGCCGUGUUCACCAGCAUAAAGGUGAAUACAGCAAAGCCAUCGAAUGGCACAGAAAAUCUUUAGAGAUAGCAAAGACGGUCGAUGACCAAGCAGGUAUAGUAGAAGCCAAUUGUGAUUUGUCUUUGAUUUACCAAAGAAUGGGAGAGGAUGAAAAAGCCAUUAGCUAUAUAAAAGAAGGCUCUAAAAUCGCCAAGGCUAUUAUUGACAAGCCGUUUAUGAUAAUACGUAGUUAUGAAGAACUAGCAAAUGUUUUUAAGAGUUUAGGAGAAUACAAAGUUGCAUCAUCAUAUUUAGUAAAACUUAUUAAACUUCUUGAAGAGCAGUUCCAAAAUAAAGUUCCAGAUGAAAACAAACUCUCCUUCACAAGUUUUUUCUGUAGAGCUCAUGGAGAGUUAAUGAGUUGUUUUGUUUCUCUGGGGCGCAUAGAAUCAGGAUUAUUAGUGACUGAUCUGGGUAGAGCUAAAGAGCUCCAUUUUUCUAUUGAAAGAAAACGAAAUAAUUUCGAUGCAGAAUUGUCUCAUUACGCACGAUCAAUAUGGAGCAAAAUUGAGAAAAGAGAGGAAAAUCGAGAAAUAGAGCGAAUACAGAAUAUUCUUCAGGUAAAAAAUAAUGAAAUUUCAAUAGUGUUAUUUGCAUUUGAUUUCAAUGAAGGGUCUCUGAAAGUUUGGGUUUUGAACAGUGAUGUCACCUUUAAGUGCUCACAUGAUUUAUCGAUUAUAUGGGCGUUUGUGAUGAAUUUUUCCGCAAACAGAGGUGUCAAAGUUAAUCGAGAUUCUUCAUUUUUUAAACUUGAUUCACUUGCGAAUGAACAUAGUUUUGAAAGUCACAUGAUCUCACCGCCAACCAAGCCGUGUAAAAGGGAAACGCUUGAAGACUUGCACGAAAAACAUUUGAGCGCAGAUAGUUGCAGUGAUGAAAAUAGUUUGAAAAAACUGUUCGAUUUUCUCAUUCAACCGAUAAGAGAUGCCGUCAAAGGAAAUAAGCUCAUUGUUGUUCCUCACGGGCCACUGUUUUUUGUACCAUUUUCUUCCCUGAUUGAUGAAAAUGGGAGGUAUUUAUCUCAGAGUUACAGCAUUCAAGUAACACCCUCAUUACACACUCUGACGUUUACCAAAGAACAACCCCAUGACUAUGAACCCGGUUUUGCGUUGUUUGUUGGUAAUCCAAAAGUUGGGCAUGGCAAAGAUGUCACACCUCUUGAUCUACCCAAAGCAGCUGAGGAAGUUGCAAGUCUUUCGAAGCUCUUCACAGCAAGACCUCUCGUAAAUGCUGAAGCAAAAAAACAGGUUGUUCUCGGACUUCUAAGCGGUGCUAGUAUAAUUCAUAUUGCUGCUCAUGGUGAACCGAAGAAUGGUGAAAUAAUGCUUGCUCCUGACCUUUCCUUAAAUGAACCAUCUUCGUCUCCACCAAAUCCAGAUUCCUAUCUCCUCACUCAGAAUGAUAUUAUGAGUAUUUCAUUGCAAGCUCGCUUGGUCGUCCUAUGCUGUUGUCACACAGGCCUAGGGGAGAUUUCUUCAGGAGACAUAGGUAUAGCCCUGUCUUUUCUUGCUGCUGGAGCACGCUCUGUUCUCGCCACACUAUGGCCCAUUAGUGAUGAUGCAACAAAAGAUUUCAUGGAAGCAUUUUACGGCGAACUGCUUCAGAAAACGUCAGUUUGUGAGGCUUUAAGAAGGGUAAUGAACCUCUUCCAACAACACGAAAGAGGAGAUUACCGCUCCUUUUUUAUUUGGGCUUUAUUUACUCUCUAUGGAGAGGAUGUGAUGUUUACAAAAGGCGACAUUGAAAUGAUCAGAGAAAAAUCCAGUGAAACUCUACCCGAGUGUGGUUUUGCGUUGUUUGUUGGUAAUCCAACGUCAGACUUGCCUAAAGCCACUGAGGAGGUUCAUUCUCUGUCAAAGCUUUUCAAUGCCAAGGCCUUCGUGGAGGGCGAAGCCAGGAAACAGGUUUUGCUGGGACUUUUGAGCGGGGCAAGUAUUAUCCAUAUUUCUGCACAUAUUGAACCUAAGCAAUGCGCAAUAAUGCUCUCUCCAUGUGUCUCCUCGAAUCAAGCAUCUUCCACUCUUCCUGACCAGGAUGACUUUUUGACGCAAAAGGAUGUUCAGGGUCUUUCUCUUAAAGCUCGCUUGGUUGUUUUAUGCCUACGUCUCUCUGAGCAAGACGAGAUCUCUCCAGAGGGUGUUAAAACUUUAGCUUUGUCUUUUCUUUCAGCCGGAGCUCGCUCUGUUCUUACCACACUAAGCCACAGUGACGAUGAUGCAACAACGGAGUUUAUAAAAGGAUUUUAUAAUCACUUACUGCAUGAAUCAUCAGUCAAGGAGGCGCUAGAGAAGACAAAAAAACUCUUUGAAAAGCACGAUAAAGAGUCGCAUCGAUCCAUUGUAGGUUAUUCUCGGUUUACAAUCUACGGAAAAGAUGUGAUGUUUCAAAAACACGACAUCGAAACGAUAAGAAAGAAAUCUCACAAAAUGUUUUCUGGUUUUGUGGUAUUACCAACUGAUGACCUUAAUGGUUCAUUUCAAAAUUUUAACCUACUAGAUAAAGCGUAG